GCAAGAUCACAGAAACGUGGAGCCCACACCAAGGGGAAAGGAACUCAGUGCCUGUCCCUGCUCUACUCUCUGCCCCCAGUGGUGGCCACCAUGAGGGACCUGGGGAAGAAGGAGACACUGGAGGCAGCUGCUGGGGAGGCUCUGGGGCAGACCCUCACUGUGGCCCAGCUGGACGUGUGCAGUGAUGAGUCGGUGGCUCAGUGUCUCAGCUGUAUCCAGGGAGAAGUGGACGUGCUGGUGAAUAAUGCUGGAAUGGGUCUGGUGGGGCCCCUGGAGGGGCUCAGCCUUGCUACCAUGCAGAAUGUCUUUGACACCAACUUUUUCGGAGCUGUCCGUCUCGUCAAAGCUGUGCUUCCAGGCAUGAAGAGGAGGCGGCAGGGCCACAUCGUGGUGAUCAGCAGUGUCAUGGGGCUGCAGGGUAUCAUCUUCAACGAUGUCUAUGCAGCCUCCAAGUUCGCCCUGGAGGGAUUCUUCGAAAGCCUGGCUAUCCAGCUGCUGCAGUUCAACAUCUUCAUCUCCCUGGUGGAACCAGGCCCCGUGGUCACCGAGUUUGAGGGGAAGCUUCUGGCACAGGUUUCUACAGCUGAGUUCCCAGGCACUGACCCUGACACCCUGCACUACUUCCGGGACCUCUAUCUCCCAGCCUCCAGGGAGCUGUUUCGCUCCGUGGGACAGAGCCCACAGGAUGUGGUUCAGGCCAUUGUCAAUGUCAUCAGCUCGGCUCGGCCACCCCUGCGCCGACAGACCAACGUCCGCUACUCCCCACUGACCAUGCUCAAAACCGUGGACUCCUCCGGCAGCCUGUAUGUGCGAACCACCCACCGCCUCCUCUUCCGCUGUCCGCGCCUCCUCAGCCUUGGCCUUCAAUGUCUGUCCUGCGGCUGCCUCCCAACCCGAGUGCGGCCAAGAUGAGCAGAACGGAGCUCACGAUCCCCAUCCCUGAACAACCAGACCUCUUCAUUCCACAUCUAAUUCAAAGGAUGGAAAGACGCUUCAUUCAUUCAUUCUGCAAACUCCCCUUCCCCUGCUCUGUGCCUGGACAAGGCUAGAAUCCCAGAAGCGCUCCAUUUUCAGGCAUAGACUCCUCUGCGGUCACAGCUGGAGCAGAGACAGGGACUCUGGGAACUUGGCCUGGGGAGCCCAGAGCAGGAAGCUGCAGCUGUCUCUGGGAAAGCAAGGGAGGCUUCCUGGAGGAAGGGGCAUUGUUAUGAGCCUUGAAGGAUGAGACAGACCCUGCCACAUUCAACCUCGUGACUUCAUGAUCCUGGGCCUGAGAAUACAGGAAUAAUUCAUAACCCACUCUGCACCCCCAUGCAGACACCAGAGCUCUGUGGACCAAGGGGACAUUCCUGGUCACACACCCCAUCAACAAAAUGUAUUUGAGCACACACCAGCAAUGUAUGUAUAUUUUUUCCAUUAAAUAUAUAUUUAUAA